ACCCGAAAAUUCUCCGCCAAUAAAAUGGCAAUAACAAACGAAUUAUAUUCGUAUAUAAAGGCGGACAACAAACGAAUUUGUCAUCAGUUUAACUUUGUUCCACAACAGUAAAACAGCUACCAAACAAUCAAAAUGUUCAAAUACUUCGCUCUCGUCUUCGUCGCUCUCUUCGCCUUCGCUGCUGCUGAGCCUAAGCCAGCUGUGGUCGCUGCUCCAUUGGCCUACUCUGCUCCAUUGGUCGCCUCCCCCUACGCCGCUGCCUAUGCUGCCCCAUAUGCCGCAUACGCCGCCUCUCCCUAUGCCGCCUACGCUUCACCCUACGCCGCCUACUCCGCUUACCCCUACAACGCCGCCUAUGUGCUCCGCAAGUAAACGGAAUGUAGCGGUUGAUUUGUGAUAGCACCAAAUUGGAUUUGAUUGGCAAUGAAAA